AGUGAUCCGGAACCAUAUGCUGACAGGUUAUGGGAGGGUCCUACGUAAACCGAUAAAACAUUCAGCAGAUCUGACGCGUCCAUAAUUGAUCCACAUGGCGCAUUACUCUGGGAAUAACUUCACUCCUGACCCUGACUUGUCAGAACAGCUGACCAAGCUUUGGGAACUGGAUACAAAUAAGUGUUUUCCAGGUGUCGAUUAUGAACUGGAUCUGCAAGGCUAUGUGACAAGUACCCGGAACGUAAGCCGUGACUAUGCAUAUGACAAACUCUUCUACUGGGUUGAUGAAGAAAAUGUGUUUGAAAGACCCACUUACAAAGCCUUCAAAAAUUUACUAGACAACUAUGAAUUGGAGAUAGGAACUAUUGAGAAUGUGACAUUUGAGGAGAAAAAGGAAAACUGGGCUUUUCUUGACGCCAUCAUGGAAACUCCUGUUAUGCAGGAAACACACAAGUAUCUGGUAUCCAAGGCCGAUGUCUCUGAAGAUGAAAGUGAUUUUAAGAAAUUGCUACAUGACAUUUGGUUCCGGAUGUUUAGAAAAAAAGGAUGUCGAGGAAACGACUCAUGCAGUUUUGAACAUGUCUUUGUUGGUGAAGGGAGAGGCGAAGAGUUUAUUGGUCUUCAUAACUGGAUAAAGUUUUAUUUGGAGGAAAAAGUAGGAAACAUCAAUUACCAUGGUUACUUUCGCAGGGAAACUGUUAAGGACGAUGACGUCCCACGUCUGUUAGCCGUCCAGUUUGACUGGAAGGGCAUCAAGGGGAAGCCUCUGUGCAGCAUCUUCAUUGGCACAAGUCCCGAGUUUGAGAUUGCAGCGUACACCACCUCUCUGUUGCUAGGUAAAGAUGACGGAAGUACGGAUAUACAGCUGGGGGAGUAUGAGAUUGAGCUGACCUGUCACUCGUUUGGCUAUCACAGGAAGAAGUUGGGCACAGCAUUCAUUACAGCUGCUAGGAUUUAAAUUGACGUUUUCAGUAUUUUUGGUAUUUGCAAGAUUUGCAGCAGCAGCUAUGGAUUUAAAUUAACAAAUUCAGUAUUUUGGGUAUUCGCAGGAUUUGCAACAUCUAGGAUUUAAAUAAAAGUUUGAUAUUCAUAAGGAAUUAGAGAAACUUCAAUGACAUGUUUUACAAAUAUAUUUUGGGGGUUUAAAAAAAUUAAAACUACCUUUCAUGAAAUUACCAACUAUCUUCCAAAUCUUUCAACUUUUAAACCAGAUGCCAUCAAUGUCCUGCAUAGAUGCGGUGGAGGGGGCAAGGGGGUAAUGCCCUCUCUCAAACUUAAACUGGAGGGGCCAGCCUCCCUCCAUUGAAAGGCAAUCUAAAUAAAACAAUUAUGGAUUUAAAUGGGUUUUUAUAACUCCCAACGGUUCACAAGAAAAUAUAUACAACCUCAAUGCCUAUGUUCUGAGUUAAAUAACUUUUUAAAAUGUACUUCCAUGUUCAACCAUGUUCUUUGUUGAACAAUUUAUCCACAGAUAUUCUCUAAUACAAACAUGUCAUUGAAUUUUCCUGUUCCAAGAUGAGAACAGUAGAGCUGAAGUUCAGCAGUCCAUGCUUAUUUUGGCUGACUUUUCUAUAAAGCUGUUUUACAAUUGUAGGUGUACGGGUAAAAAACUAUUUAAUAUUUUUACUCAGAAAGACUGGCUUAUGGUCUGCAGCACAUACUGUGUUGCUUGGUUAUGGUUAUUUUAAGCACCAGUUGCUUUUGAUGGGAUUGUUGAGCUGAUGUAGAGUGCUAUGUUUUUAAGAUAUUUUAUUGGUCAGAUUGCUAUCCAAAUUAUUUUUGUCCCGUCUGGAACUCGCAGUUUAAAAAAAAAAAAAAACCCCACUAAAAUAAUGAUUCAAACUUGUUUAAUUUAGUAAUUAUUCUUAGGCUCAGGACAGUAUAUAAUAUACAUCAAGUUUUUUUAUCUUUACAGUCUUCAGACAUGUUAACAUUAUUUGCAAUAAACGGACUUCCGGACAGGACAAAAAGGAGACCCUUAUAUGAUUUAUGCUUGCCAUGUCUAGAUCAGUAUUUUAGUCAAGUUAAUGCAACACACAAAAGUAUCAGUUUCAUCAGCCAUGCACUGCCUUUGUCAAGAUUUCAUAUUUAAAAAACAAUUAAAUGAAGAUAUACAAAACGUUAAAACUGACGGUUAGUAUGGUCCCACGUGACCUCAGGGUGACUUUACUGGAGCUCUGAGCAAGGCUUCUAGGGGCUUUGGCAUUAAUGGCAUUGCUUAUAUAUUUGCCACUUUGUACUCCCCAAAGGCCACACUGGGUAUGACAAACAAUUUAUACAUCAGAAACUGCACACUAACUGGGUAUAAUUUAUGCAGAUUUGCAUAGUUCAAAGACAUAAUAUAAUUAAUAAUCAUAUAUUUUGUGAUGUGUUAUGAAUAUUCUUGGCAAUAUUAGUAUAUCUAUAAUUUAUAACCAGCUGAAGGUAUGUUUGUUAUUUUUUACAUUCUCUUUGAUGGAAAAUAUGUAUGUACUGAUUCUUAUUAUGUAAUUAUGUUUUGUUUUUAAAUUAAGGAAUCGUGAGUUGUGGGGUAUGAAUUGAUAUUUUAAUGACCUCAGGAUCCAUUUUUCUCUGAACAUAAUGUUUCAGUUCAGUAAACCACAAAACACUGCACAUUUUCAUAAUCAUUUGCCAUUUCCAGUCACAGUGAAAUAUGGUAAGUAUUAAGAAAGCAAAUUGCAACGAUUUUGAUAUAUACAUGUAUUUUGUAAUGAAGUACAUAACUUACUUCUAAUGUUUACAGUUAAUUUCAAAAUUAACUUGGAGCUCAGGACACAUUAUAUAUUGUGGCAUUAUUAUAUUGUUAUUGAGAUUAUUUCAUUUAAGGAUAAGAGCAAAAUAUAUUUGCCUAAAUGAUGAAGCUAUUUAUCUAUUAGUUUUGUCCAAUUUUACGACCAUGUAACAUACUGUACCCUAAUACUCAAAAUCUGACACUUUUGUCUGUUGCUCUGUAGUACUUAUUUAUGAUCUAUGGUUUAUGUAUUUGCAUGUUCUGUGCGUGUAUGCUACAUACAUACUUGAAAUCUAGUCAUCUAUUUUUAUACUGGUUUUGUUUUCAACAAUGCAAUAUGUGUUACUAUCUUUGAUACUACCCAAAUUUGAUACUACAUUUAUUACAUUACUCUUUAUGGAAUGUGAUGUCUGUUACCUUUAUUAUAAUAUCUGUAUUUGUCAUAGUUAAUAUAACUAAGUAUAUUAAAACAAAGCUUUUAACUUGCCCAACAAUACACAAGUCAAUAUUUUAGGUUGUCAAAUACUAGAAAAGUUGUAUAUAUGCAGAAAUGUCCAUUAUUGGGUCCAGGUGUGAUUAUGGGGAGUGCUAUAUGUGAACUUGGUUUAGCAUAUAACAAAUUAUGAUAUUUUUUAUUGUUUACUUUGCAUUUCUUGCAAGUAUAUGUCAAUACUGAAUGGAAGACAAAUCAGAUUUAAUAAGCAACUCUUGGAGCAAUGUCAACACAUUGUAGUCUGUAUUACAAGUACAUUUGUGUAGAUACAUAUCCUUUUUUGUUACUCUAGCCCUGAAAUAAUAUUGUUUUGGUCAGGAAUUUGCUUUUUAAAUACAUCUUGACACAUGACGUUUUUGUUGGACCAUAUCCCAAGUAAAGUCCUGAAUUUCUCUGAACCUUUUGUAUAUUCUAUGCAUAGUGGAUUUUGUUUUCUUUUUAUAGUAUAUUUACAUUAAAGGUAUAAUAAAAAUACAUUACUACUUA